AGGAUACCAGUUACUGAUUGAUGGCGUUGAGAAUCUCCAUCAAUUCAUCACCCACGAUCUAUAUUCAAUGCGAGCGGUGAUUAUGCAAGGCGGUGGAUGUGUUACUAUAAAAAGAUAAGCUCUCCCACCUUGAUAAUCACUACUUUCGAUAACCUCUCCCACCUCAAGUAAUAAUCUCAUCAUCUUUCCCCUUGAGAUGAGCUCCGAAACGUCUGGAGACGGCGGCGAACAAUCUGCUUCCGCCGGGACGAGCGCUGGUCCAUCACCGUCAUCAUACGAUAGACAGAAGGAGAAGGCACGAGUGAGCGGAACGUCUCUGAUCCUAUGGCACGCACACCAGAACGCCGCAGGAGCAGUUCGUAAACUCCUGAAGGAAGUUCCGUCUCUGGUUCACGCCAGAGGCUACCACAAGCGAACCCCUCUCCACGUGGCGUUGCUUCCUAGAUGGAUCGAUGUUGUCAACUGCCUGGUCGAGUUUGUCGCUAAUGUCAACGCUCAGGACAGGUGGAAGAACACGCCUCUGGCUGAUGCAGAAAAAGCUAGGAAGCAGAAAUUUGAGUUAUUGAAAUCUCAUGGUGGUUUAUCUUAUGGUCAAAACGGUAGUCACUUUGAUUGGGAGAUUGAACAUGUUGAGCUGGAUUUCUCUAAUGCUGCCAUGAUUGGAAAGAUUGGCCGUUCUUCCUCCACCGUUCAAGUGCAGUUGUUCCGUUUCUGGGUUCUCAGGCCCCAUGAUGCUGGCCUCCGUGAACGUCCAUCGGCUUCCCACACACAAGCCUAA